CGUUGCGACUUAAACACUGCAACGGGGCCUGGGAGUAUUCAACGUUCCGGGCGUAUUGGUUCAUGAACUAGACAUACUCUCUUUAAUUCCUCCUCAACCGUAACAGACAUUUGGGCAGCGCAAGCCCUUAGGCUCAAAACUCGGAUGCCCCAAGCCUCCGCGAGAAUCAGCUGAGCAUGGGGUUGCUACCCUGCAAGCCUUGCUCGGUGCCAAGACAUCCCAGAGCCUCGUCGGCGCUCGACCUCCAAAAACAGGAGGGAUAGAGUACCCUGUAUGCGGUUUCCGUGGCCGUGUUGUGAUUCCCAGCGUCCAUUUCUCUCCUUCGUUAACGAGAAUAAUGCAAUAUAGGUCGCCAUGGCUACCAACAUGUCGGGACAACAAGAAGGGGCGACAGGAGACGCCUCCUGGUUUCCCGUUGGCCGUCAAGACCUCCCCGGCUGGCGUUUCGACGUUAUCACCCUUCUUGCCGUUAUCGGCGAGUCGUCGGUCGCCGAACACGCCCAAACGCUGACUGCGUCAUCUCUGUGCCUGCUUCCGCGCAUCAUCCCAGCGCCCCAGGCACUCCUGCGUCCUUCCAGACCGCAGCGGAUGCCUGAGUAUACUGCGACGAUGGCGGGCGUGCGUUCAGGCGUGGUACUGCAUAGCGUGGGGUUCUUUGCGAACAUCAUGCACCCUCUGAACGAGUUCAAGCCGUUUGCCUUCAAAGUCUUGGAGAUCAAGCAUGCCGAAUUGGUGGCUAGCCGUCCCGCUAGUACUAGCAGCGGGAAGGAGAGGCGGAAUCAGGGCUGGAGGCGGUUUUGGAAGAGGAGGAAAGAGGCUGCGGCAGAGCGUGAGAUGGGUGAUGAGGUGAGAGGCAAUGGAAAUAAAAAUGGAAACGGGAAUGGACGCAAGCAUACAGACACAACACGAGCGGUCCGCUUUGCUGGAGCCGACCCCGAGGCUGGCCUGCCAGCACCAGCCUCGGCCCACGGCGCAGAAGAAGAACCACCGCCGCCGGAACCCGGCACACAGCCCAAGCGCAGGGGCACCAUGGCCGAAAAGCUCAGCGACGUGGUGACCAGCCCGACAAUGGUCAACAGCAACAACCGCUAUACGGUGCCGCCAAACUACUACUCGCCGGUGCACAUCCUCAACGUCCUCUCCUUCUUCCUGACCGUCGGCAUCAUCGUCGCCGCGGGUGUCUGGAACGACGGCACUGCCAUGCUCGCCACCUUCCUGAUCAGCAUCGCCAGCAGCGUCAUCUGCUACGCCUCGUGGUGGCAUCCCAAGCUGAUGAACCGCCCGGCCACCAACCGGGUCCCGCCGGGCGACGUCGUCAUCCGCACGCGCGAGGGCGCCUUCGUGCUGAUCAAAUGCACCGAGGAGGUUGCCCGGGAGCUGUAUUCGGGCACCGAGGAGUGCAAGUACAUCAGCAACAAGUUCCACCGCGUGUUCAUGGGACUGGGCAUGGUGCUGCUCAUGGUGUCGGUCGUGCUGCUCGGCAACUGCGGCUGGAACAGCCAGGUCCUGAUCGGCGUGAGCUAUAUCGUGCUGAACGGGCUGUACUGGCUCAUGGGCCUGCUGCCGCAGAAGUACUUCUGGGAUCUGAACCGCUACGUGGUCGAGGACGUCACCCCGGCCGAUGCGAAGAAUGCCGAUGAGCCCGCGGUUCCGGAAGACGCACGUGAGGGCACCCCGUCGUUUACGCGGACGCUGUGGUACGCUAUCAGGGAGACGAAAGACGGCGGCUGGGCAGAACGGAGCGGCGCGAUGCCCGCGACGGAGCAGUGGAAGAGGUGGUUGAAAGAAGCGGUGGCCGAGGCCAGGAAGGAGAAUCGGAGGUGGCCGGCGGUCGCGAGGAAGAAUAACAUCAUGGGGGACGAGGUGAAUGAGGCUGCACAGCAGGUGCCUUUGCAGGAGGUGCAGCCACCUCGGCGGAGGGAUCCGCAAGGUCAAGGCAGUACGUCUUUCUGAAAGCGGCAGUGAAAAGGCAUAGGAGAGGCUUGGAAAUUCACGACAUACCUAAAUCAUGAGGAGUUCUUGGAUUGGCUGGGCGGGGCUGUAUGGAUUA